CUCUGGGUAACAGGGUUUCCCUAUGGCGUUGGUAUAACCACGUGACCUCUCAUUCUGAUGGUGACUGCGCUGUGCAGGGACCUGGGCACGUGGGAAGUCCUGUCACGUGACGCUGCAGAGAUUUAUUGUGCGGCAUAUCGCUAGGUGCUGGUGAAACCAUACUGUACAUCUUUCUAUACUGGUGACAACAAUGUCUCCCCUGCCUAGGCUUAUACUGAACCGUUUUGCCGGCUGCUGGCGAAAUAUGUUUAAGGGCCAGAAUUUGCUGGUUACUAAUACUGUGAGCUCUGGGAUUCUUCUUAGCAUUGGAGACAUAAUUCAACAGACUCGAGAAGUCAGCAAAGAGCCAGGAAGAAAGCGAGACUGGCUGCGGACAGGUAGGAUGUUUAUCAUUGGCAGUUGUCUAGGCCCCCUGGAUCACUACUGGUAUGUGUGGUUGGAUCACUGGUUGCCUGGAGCAACAACAAAAGUGGUAGUGAAGAAGGUUCUGCUCGAACAAAUCCUGGUGUCACCUAUUCUGGGAGUCCUGUUUUUUGUUGGGGUUGGCUUAAUGGAAGGUCAAAGUAUGAGGAACAGCUGGACUGAAUUUAAAGGCAAAUUUUGGGAAAUGUAUAAGACAGAAUGGUGUGUAUGGCCUCCUGCUCAGUUGAUCAACUUCUACUACUUACCAACUAAGUAUCGUGUCAUGUAUGUGAACAUCAUAACACUGGGCUGGGAUGUCUACCUCUCCUACCUUAAACACAGGGAAUCAUGCUCAAGCUACAAAUCUCUUGGUCUGAACUGUUUCUGAUGCAAAUAGAUCUAUUUCUCUCGAAGUAAACACUUGAGUGAUCCUCGAAAACUGUUGGACUGUGAGCCAGUGUCGACAGUUGUACUUUCGCUCAAGACAAGGUGACUUCUAUCGUGUUUGUAUGACUCAAAACAGAUUGCGUUUUCAGAUCCAUUUUGUGGACUAGAGCUUUUUUUUCUCUUCUCCGGACCAAAUACCUCAGAUUGAACAGUGUUUGGAAAGACUCCUCACCCUAUGAUGACUAUAUCCGGUGGGGAAUCUAAAAUAAGAAAUGGAGGAGGGCAAUCUAACACUAGUACCUGCUGAAGCUCCUCCUUUACUUCUAAAGGAAGGUUUAUCCUUUUGUUCCAAGAGUGGCCCGUUCUGAGGAGAUUUCCUACCCACAUUAGCAUUUUCCUGGGGCUGUUUUGGAUUCUAGUUGCAUUGCCACCAUCUUUCCUACAAGUCAUGCUACCUCUCAAGGUUGCGUUGUGAAACUUGAGAGUCUCUGUUACCAGAUCCUCAGUUCUCACCUUGCUACUGGGAUGCUCCAUUAAAAGGAUUCAGUGUUUAUACAGAAACCCGAAAUAACCAUUGAUGUGGUGUUUUGUUGUGAGAGGGAGAGAGCGAAUCAUAUUUUAUUGAGUACAUAACUGUUCUAUGUAUGAAAAAUUAAAAUGUUGUCUAGACACUUUUGUUAUUAAGUAUGUAAUACUUCUUUUAAAACCCUUGUUAAAUGAACACUGUCAUUAACACUAAUUUUGC